GGUUGAAUGACAUUUCUAGAACCAAAGUGAGCUACAGGACUAUAACAUAGUUAUUGCAUAGCUACAAGGACUGCUGAGAGAGAAAAGAGAGUUUCCAAAGCUAAGGAUCUGAGGCACAGUUCACCAACACAUUUCACCAACUUAACUGGUAAAGCCAAGUUACCAUUCUUGAUACUCUUCUUUCAAGACAAUGGGCUGGAAACUGAAAACAGUGCAAACUAUUCUCAGUAUUCUAGCCUUCUACAUUACAUCUGCAGUAGGGGAAGAUGAGGAGCCCAGAUCAGAAUGUGCUGACUUCAACAGCACGACCUGGCUGGAGUACCGUCAGCAGGGCAGCAAGCUACAAUUGCAGUACCUGCUCUUGACACGCAAGAAUACAGACUGUGCCAGCCUCUUCAGUCAGGAGUCCCUCAGCAACAACACCUCCUACUUCAACUCCUCCCUACCCACCAAGAUAAUUGUCCAUGGAUACAGGGCUCUGGGCAGUAAGCCGUCCUGGGUGAAGCAGCUGGCCCAGGCUCUGCUGCGGGUGCAGGAUGCCAACGUGGUGGUGGUGGACUGGGUCUAUGGGGCCUCACUCGCCUACAACAUGGUGGUGGAGAACUACAAGGAGGUGGCCAUCCAGAUCUCUGUCCUCAUCAACCAGCUCCAGAACCAUGGAUGCAAACUGGAGUCAUUUCACUUCAUUGGGGUUAGUCUUGGGGCACAUGUGUCUGGAUUCGUGGGCACCCUGUUCAAUGGCAAGAUAGGAAGAAUUACAGGUCUGGACCCGGCUGGACCCAUGUUUAAAAGAGCCGACACGUUUGACCGUCUUGAUCCCUCAGAUGCACUGUUUGUGGAGGCCAUCCACACUGACUCCGACUAUUUCGGCAUCUCCAUCCCUGUCGGCCAUGCAGACUUCUUUCUGAACGGCGGGAUGGACCAAGCAGGUUGCUCACGCUCCAGGUUUUCGUCAAUGUAUCGCUAUGUGAUCUGUGACCACAUGAGGGCGCUCCACGUCUACAUAAGCGCACUGAACGGGACCUGCCCACUGACUGGCAUCCCUUGUUCCAGCUAUGAGGACUUCCUCAAGGGGCGCUGUUUAGGCUGCCCAGGCAGAUGUCCACGAAUAGGGUUAUUGGAGAACAGUGGCUUAACAGUCUUUCCUCUUCCUCAACUAAAGAAGCUUUUCCUCCUGACAACCUCUGCACCUCCCUUCUGUGCCCAUCACAUCCUGGUGCAGCUGGAGGUGUUCCUCCUGCACAAGAGUGCUGAGGUGCAGGUGAUCCUGAGGACUGGGGGACAUCCUGAAACAGAGCAGAGACUCAGGCUACAGACAGGCGGCACCAUGUACAGGAGGGUGAUAGCCCACCCAGGGCCACUGUGUGAGAUAGACUCCAUCCAGCUGAAGAACACUGGAGCGCACUUCUACAGGCAGGGAGACAUCCACGUCGUGUCUGUCUGCAUAUCAGAAUUCCCCUCUGUUGGAGAAGUGGAGCCAUUGUGUGUGAAGAAGAUUGAUGUAAGGCGAGGAUCUCCAUGGAACCAUGAUUUCGUACAGCUGUGUGAGAAUUACUGAUGUAGUAAACACACACAGAGCCUAUGAACCAGCAUGUUUCAUUCUCUCUGGCAACCUCCUAAUAUUCUGAAACAGUGUCCUUUCCUCGUCUCCUUUCCUUCAUCAUCAAUGAUGUGGAAUGCUUUGAUAGGUCUAAGCAGUAAGGAGGAAGCCUAUCCUUAUAGUUAUCAUUGGGCAUGAAGGAAAGGAAAUUAGAAGAGUUUUACUGGGACUAGCUCACACAGAAACACACACAUAUAGCUAAUAGCUCCCGUUGCAAACAGCUACACACAAACUUUGCCAUCCUAUAACCCUAGUCAUAUGUUACUGACGGACCACCUACAGCCAAACAGAUUCCAGAACAGUUCCAAACUACUUCUUUACAUUUCUUUUGUAUAUUCUAACAGCAUUAGUAUUGAUGUACAUAAUCAUUCUGACACAGCUGAAUGUUACUUUAUUCAGAGCUUCUGUUGAAGCAAAACAAUAAAAGGGUAACUCUG